AUGGCGGACAGGGCUGAGAUGUUUUCCCUAUCCACUUUCCAUUCCCUCUCUCCUCCUGGCUGCAGGCCAGCCCAUGACAUCAGUCUGGAGGAGUUUGAUGAUGAAGAUCUCUCUGAAAUCACAGAUGACUGUGGGAUUGGACUCAACUAUGACUCUGAUCCUUAUGAGAAGGACUCCCUUAUUCUGGAGAAGAAUGACAUGCACCACCCAGUCUGCUCCUUCCAGGAUGACUUUCAGGAGUUUGAGAUGAUUGAUGAUGAAGAUGAGGACGAUGAGGAGGAAGAGGAAGAAGAUGAAGAGCUUGACCCUGAUGCUCCACCGUCCCCCUCUGUCUCCCCUCCUCUCUCUCCUACUCUUGGCACUCUAAAGAGCAGACCCACCACACUAAACCUCACCACUGCUGUAUCACAGGAUUCACUAAACAACAACAGCAGUCUGUCCCCAAAGAAAGGAAGCUGGCAGGACUCUCUACGCAACCCUGCCUCACAGGGCCGUCUGACUCCAACCCAUUCAUGUCUGGAUGAUGGUAGCCAUGUCACAGGCCAGUGCCCGGCCUCUCCAGUUUCCCAGGCACCAGGGUCUCAGAGCAAAGGUACUCCACCAAAACAGACAGGGGAGGGCGGGAAUCCCCAGUCCCCUCACAGGCCCCUCCUCUGCGACAUGGAGGGCAACAGGCGGGAGAGGCUCGAAUACGGCUCAUUUGGUCAACAUAAGUCCCACCCAAACUCUGGUGGUGUCACUGAACAGAAGGCUGACCCUACAAUCCAGACAACCAGAGUACCUUCUGUAGACGAGCAUUCCCAGUGUUCGGACACAGAAGUGGACCAUGACCUCAACAGCGACCACAACCACAAACACUCAAACUGGCGUGCCACUGACACCUACACAAUCACCAGUGAGUCAGGUAUGGAGCCAGAGAAUGAUCUGGACCCAGAUGGAACCAGUCGCUGCUUGUCAUCCACUGCGCCCAUGGGAGGCAACGAUGGUGCUGACACACCCUUGUCUGAUGAGGAACUGGAGAAGGACUUUGAAGUGGAGUUCAUGUGUAAGGAGACCUAUGAUAUGGUGUGUAAAGAAAAUCAGUCAUCAUACGUGGAAUUUCCCUCCAUCGAACCCUCUGAGCUUGCUUCCUUCUCCAGCUACAUGUCCUCUAGUCGCUCAGAUGCUCUGGACCAGUCCAACAGUUCUGAUGCUCCAGUAGUGUCUGCAAUGGAGGCAGCUGCUAAUGACUCCACCUCUCCUUCUUCAGACCCAGGGAUAGCAGAUAUGAACCAGCAAGGUUACAUGACUUCAGACCAGGACAAGGACCUCAGCUCACCAGGUUCUGAAUCUGACAUUGAAGGGGAACUGGAGGCAGCAUUUGCCUGUGGAGGUACCGUGGUCUCCAACAUGAUUUCCUCUAUUUCAGAGACAGAGCUAGACCUGACCAGUGAUGACAGUAGCAGCGGACGCUCAUCUCACCUCACUAACUCCAUUGAGGAGGCCAGCUCACCUACAUCAGAUCAGGAACUGGACCCAGAUACAGAGUUAGAGCAGGACAGUGGUAUUGUAGGAUUGAAAGCAUCCCUUUUCCUGGGCCAGCCUGACCCAAUCAAAGAAGGUUCUCCUCUGUCCUCACCAUCCCCUCUACCCUCACCCACUAUUGCCACUCCUUCCCCUGUUGACUCACCUAUCUUGCCCCCUGAGUCAUAUGAUGAUGGGCAAGCUCUGAUGGGGCUACAGAAUGUGGAUGAUGAUCUGUCCUGUGAGCACCAGGCUGACCCAGAUGAGACUCUGCCUCCAGCCCAGCGCUGUGAGGACAGUCUGUCCAGACAGAUGGUGCUGCAGAUAGAACCAGACCACAGCCUAGAGAGCUUCAAACGCUCCUUCUACCUGCCAGUGGGACCCAGGCUAAUGCCUAGUGCUGAUGAAUAUGAUGGAACCAGCGAAGGAGACUCAGAAUCAGAAAGUGAAGAUGACCUGAGUGAAAACUCAGACUCACCCUGGCUGCUUAGCAACCUGGUCAACAGGAUGAUCUCAGAGGGCUCGUACCCAAUCAGCUGUCCCGAGGACUGCUUCAAGAGGAAAGCAUCUGUGUCAGAUACCAUCUCGCCAUCCUCAGACAUUGGAGAUGGAGAUGGUUUCAGUGAUGAUUACCAAGGGAAGAAAUUGGGUGGAUCAGAGGGAGAAGAGAGGGAUGGUGAAGUGGAAAGAACGGAGCCAGGAGACAGGAGGAAGAGUGCAGAGUCUUCAAGUGGGGGAGCAUCAAAAAGUCCCUCUCACUAUAUGAGUAACCCUACGGGUGACACCAUAACCCCAAUGGCUUUGGAGCACUGUGUAAACGGGAGGGGGACCACAGACUCAGAGAAGAACUUCUCAGAUAAACCAUCCAAGAAUGCCAGGAAACAGGAAGAAGACGAAGAGCCAAACAAUGACUUAAUGAUGGGUAGAAAGGAUCUGGACUCACCAAGCCUUACCGAGAGUGUGGUUAGCGACAAGGAUGAAGGACGAGAGACAGAACCCAGGCCAACAAGCCGCUCCAUGGCCUCUCUUGAGCGCAUCACUGAGGUCAAACACAGCCUGACAUUAGAUAUACCCACAACUCAGACUAACCGCUGCUUCAGCCUCACCUACUCCACAGACAAUGAUGAGGAGGAGGAAGACAGGGACUCUUAUCCAUUCAUGGGUGGCUUGAGGAGAGAGUCCUACAGGGGUAGUGACUUAGAGCUUGACAGUUCACCACCCAUUGAUUCCAGUGUGCAAGACCAUCCCUUGUCUGACCACGACCUCCCACUGUGUGAGAAAGAUCUGGCGCUGAGGCAGCCGAAUGAAGAUGAUGGACUGGCCUAUGACUCCAUGAAGUACACAUUAGUGGUUGAUGAGAAUACUACACUUGAACUAGUCAGUCUCAGAAGGUGCACCUCCGUUCUGAGCGAUGACAGUGAGCUCUCAACGCUAUGUGAUGAGGAGCCUUUGGGAACAGGAAAGGUGGACUAUGGUUGCGAUGAAGAGGAGGUGAGGCCAGAACUCCUCAGUUCUUCUGAGGACUCAUCCCCUGAGGCCGACCUCCCAUUUUCAAAGAAGUUCCUAAAUGUGUUUGUCAACAGCACAUCCCGCUCCUCCAGCACAGAAUCCUUUGGACUUUUCUCCUGCACCAUUAAUGGAGAGGAGAGGGACCAGACACACAGGGCAGUAUACAGGUUUAUUCCCAGACAUGCAGAUGAGCUGGAGCUGGAUGUGGAUGAUCCUCUAUAUGUGGAGGAGGAAGAGGAUGACUACUGGUACAGAGGCUAUAAUAUGCGAACAGGGGAAAGGGGAAUCUUCCCUGCUUUCUAUGCCCAAGAGGUCAUAGGCCAGUCCAAGGAGUCGUUGGGAAUGAAAAGAAAUCCAGCAUGGAUUGAGACUUUCAGCGUUCAGUUCUUGGGUUCUGUUGAGGUACCUUAUCACCAAGGCAAUGGCAUUUUGUGCGCCGCCAUGCAGAAGAUUGCGAUAUCGAGGAAACGGACAGUGCACGUGCGACCUCCUUCCCUGUGUGAGUUGGAGAUUAGCUUGCAAGGAGUGAAACUGAUCAUGAGUCUGGAGGAUGAAUAUGACUCCCUCGAUGAGUUUGACAGAUGUAGUCACUUCUUCCAGAUGAAGAACAUCUCAUUCUGCGGAUGCCAUCCAAGGAACAAUUGCUACUUUGGCUUCAUCACUAAACACCCAAUGCUGAACAGAUUUGCUUGCCAUGUGUUUGUAUCCCAGGAGUCAAUGCGACCUGUAGCAGAGUGUGUUGGACGAGCCUUCCAGGAGUACUACCAGGAACAUUUGGAGUAUGCCUGCCCCACUGAGGACAUCUACCUAGAGUAA